AUGCCCGCAGCAGAGCCUACCCCAGCGAAUUUCAUGACAGCACCGGGCUUUCAGGAGUUCAUGGGUCACCCAGCCACAUCUCAAGCGGCAGGGGGAGUACAGACCCCUACUGCUCAUGCUCCUAGGCAUGCAGCCGCAGUGUAUCAGACUCCAGGCACACUACCCGGGGAUGGGGCCCAGCCAAUUACAGGAGUGGCACCUGAGCCCAGACCAGCUCCUAGCAGGCCUCCAUAUUCAGCUCCACCACCUCCUCGAGCUGCUCCAGUGCGCCCCUAUUUCAGCACCAUACCAGAGAGUUCUUAUCACCCACCAGCCAUCCAGGGUUCUUCCGGUGGGUACUCAGGUCCCCAGGGUUCUUCCAACUCCUAUUUUAGUGCUAUACCAGAGAGUUCAUACCGCCCACCGGCUAUUCAGGCUUCUUCCAAUGGGUCUACAGGCUAUCAGGGUCAGACAUCAGGGCAGAAGGUCACCGCACCGAGGGGCUAUUUCGAGUGCAGAGAUCUCGUGCAGCAGGGUCAGCAGCCUAUGUUUACAGCACCGGCUGUUUGGCUACCCAGAGGCGGAGGGCAGACUGGUAGAGGCUAUCCUAGAGGUAGAGGCCAGGAAGGGGGAGGUCAGCCAUCUACUGUUCAGUCAGGGUGUUACACAUCCUUCCAACUCUAUCCACCAAUAGUCCAAAUUCCCCAGCCACCACCCCAACCACUCUCACCAAUAGACCUGCUGAGCAGGGGCACCAACAUGGCAUUGGAUUAUCUCAGAGAGUCCAAUGUGGACCUGGAGAACAUGGUAGAAAAACUAGGGAUGCCAAAGACAAAGGUCUUCCUCAUGCAUGAACGCCUGGAGAUAGAGUUCAAAGAGCAGUCAAGCGAAUUGCUUAGUGCUCUAAGUAACACUCCUCAAAUCUAUAAAGGUUUCAAGACUCGCUAA